AUGGGCAACGAGACCAGUAAUGCAAGUCUUUCUGUUGUGGAAAUAGCCGAAGAAGAUGAGAACGAAAAGGAGGAAAAGCCAAUGGCUGCAAAAGAAACUCAGGAAACAGCACGAGAAAAGAGGAAACAGGAACUUGCCCUGAGGCAGAUGAAUUUACUGCAGCAGGAGGAUUGCGUAAAUUUGAAAACGCGCAUGUACGGGCACGAAUACCUGUUUCUGAUGCGUGAUAUUGUAAAGGAAAUGUUAUUAGAUAAUGCGAUACCUGUGAAAAAUGCAGAAUUAAAAGAACUAGGUAUCGAUAUUGCGUCAGCCCCCGCAAGUAGCGUUGUCGGCGAUCGACAGGUUUGUUUUUUUGGUAUAUUUUUUAUGCGAUUAUUUUCAUCUUUUUGCUUUCAGAACAGCUUUUAG